GAACGACCCUCUCGCUUCGCAAACGCAGUCCAGGCCGAGCCAUCCGCGGCCUGGCUUGUGUGACCCGAACACGCGGCAGCUGCCCCCGUACUGGGUGGGCUCUGUGAGGGAGCGACUGCCGGAGCCUGCGAUGCCCCGAUCUCCCUGGCCCGCGCUCCGUCCCCCCCCCCCGCGCCCAUUUGCUGACAGCCACCUCCCUGGGGACCUCAAGCCCUUUAAAUCCCGAGGGGGCGCGGGGCCUGGAGCUGUGGGCUGGGAGUUUCCACGCUGUGGGCUGCUCGGCGAGGGGGCACGGAGACAAGGGACGCCGCAGCUCGUCGCCGAUCUCUUCCGCGCCCACCGGGUCCCUCCGUCCGCGCCCUCGCACCGCACCAUGCCGCUGCACAGCAGGAAGCAGCUCGAAGCCGAGGACCAGCCCGGUGACCUGGACUCGCCGCGCUGCUCGGAAAGCCUGGCCGUGCUCAGCGACUGCGAGUGCUCCCGGCAGAGCUUCGCCAGCGACUCCUCCAGCAAGUCCAGCUCUCCGGCCUCAGCCAGCCCGCCCCGGGGGGUGACCUUUGAUGACGUCAUGGCCGCAACCAGGAACCUGUCCAACCUGACCCUGGCCCACGAGAUCGCCGUCAAUGAGAACUUCCAGUUGAAAGAAGAGGCCCUCCCAGAAAACAGCGUGGCUGGGCGCGUGAGGAGCAUCGUGCACCAGGCCUUCUGGGAUGUGCUGGAGUCUGAGCUGACCGCUGAGCCCCCUGAGUUUGCGCACGCCAUCAGGCUGUUCGAGGAGAUCAGAGAGAUUCUCCUCUCCUUCCUGACUCCCGGGGGGAACCGGCUCCGCACCCAGAUCUGUGAAGUGCUGGACCCCGAGCUCAUACGGCAGCAGGCUGAGCACAGCUCUGUGGACAUCACAGGCCUGGCCGCCUAUGUCAUCGGCAUGAUGGGCAAGCUGUGUGCGCCUGUGCGGGACAGCGACAUCCGGGAGCUCAAGGCCACCGGCAACAUCGUGGAGGCGCUGAGACAAAUAUACCAUGUGCUGGACCUUAUGAAAAUGGAUAUGGCUAAUUUUACAAUUUGGAGUCUUAGACCACACCUGCAGCGCCAGUUGGUAGAAUACGAGAGAACCAAGUUCCAGGAAAUUUUAGAGGAAAGUCCAAGUGCACUGGAUCAGACCACAGAAUGGAUAAGAGAGUCUGUGAAGGAAGAACUGCUUUCCCUUUCCGAGGCUGCUUUAACUCCCCGGGCCGAAAAUCUGAGCCCUCGACUGGUGUUGAACAACAGCUACCUGAAGCUGCUGCAGUGGGAUUACCAGCGAAGAGACUUGCCGGAGGCGAGCACUCCGCCCGCUCCCCAGGCUUCCGGGGUUUUGACGCUCGUGACGGAUGGAAUGCGGCUUCAGGAACUGACCGGGAAGCUGAACCAGUUGAAGAUGAUCGCCUGCCUGUGCCUGAUCACUAACAGCACGGUGGGUGCUGUCUCGGAAGGGCUGCCCGGGCUCCUGCGCAGGCUGAAGAGGACCGCCGCUGUCCUCCUGGAAGGCAUGCACGAAAAGACUUUUAACCUGCAGGGGGCACUGAGUUCCCUCGGGGUCCAGACUUGGGCUGACAUGAACAAGGCUCUGGCGGAGAGAGGUUUCCCAGCUUUGGGUGCUGAGGUUCAAGCGAAUCUUGUAGGUCAAUUUUCAAGCCUCAAAGAGGAGAACAACCCUAUCCGGGCCUUGAUCGAUAAACGAAUCCAGCUCUACAUGAAAAGCCUCCUUUGCCUUCCUAGCCCCUCUAAGUCCAUGCCCCCAAUCCCAGGGGGACUGGCUGUGAUUCAGCAGGAGCUGGAAGCGCUGGGGACUCAGUUCGCGAACAUCGUUAACCUCAACAUGCAAGUGUAUGGACCGUUUUAUGCAAAUAUCCUCCGGAAGCUGCUCUUUGGGGAGGAGGCCAGCCAGGGGGCAGACGCUGCGCUGCCAGCGAACUGAAGAGGGGCUGAGCUGGAGAGGAGGCAGCGCCUGGCACGUGGCGACCUGCACUUCACAGCAGCAUAGACGGGCUCAUUCUCAGUACUGUCCCAACGCGGGUCACGGGACAGCCCAGAUGGCUCAGGCUCGGCCUGCACAUCAUCUUCAAGUUUAAAACAGACAUUUUUAACAAACAGAAAGGAAUUUAUAAUUAUAGUACCAAUUCAAUAGUUGGGUUUUCUCCAACAUUUGUAUUUGACUUAUACAUUCAACCUGCAAGGAGUUGCUUUCUCAUUUAUUACUGUCACAUCAAAUGAUUUUGGACUUGGGCCUAACUUCCCAAAGGUUGGAAGUGGAAAGUCAGGCGUGGUGGCGCACACCCGUGAUCCCAGCACUUUGGAGGCUGAGGCAGGAGGAUCCCUGGAAGUUCCAGGCCACCCUGGCUACACUGGGCUACAUAGGAAGUUCAAGGCCAGCCUGAACUGCACAGCAUGGGCCUGUCUCAAAAAAACGAAAAAAAGCAAAAAAGAAAAGAAAAGGAGAGGGAAUGGAUGUGAAGGAAAUAUCAUUGCAUCUGAAAUGUAGAGUUAUAUUUCGUUAGUGUGUAACAGGAACUUACAUAGUAAGUCCUCAAAUUCCAUCAGUGUACCAAUCACAUCAUAAUACCAAGUAUCAGUAUUUAUUUAGAAGUUCAAUUUAUUAAGGACAUUUUAAUGCUAUUUACAAAAUUUAGAUAAAACCUCCCUUGUUUGUCUAGUGAAAACUAGAAACAAAUCCCUCCCUUCUAAAAUUUUAUUGUAAAGGUUGGUUUCUUCUUACAAAUAACGUGUCCUCCAGAAUUUGCACAAAUCUUAGUGAACAUCCUUGCGUGUCUCAGGCCACUGAUAAGGGUUAUAUGAGAUUUUAAUAUUUUUAUGGAAGGCAGGGAUGGUUUGAAUUGGUGUCUUUGUAAGAAGGGAAGUUCACAUGAAGUAAGACCUUGUUCCCCAUGAGGUUCUCAUCUGAAAAGAAAACAAAGCAUAGCUGGGUGUGGUGGCGCACACCUGUAUUCCCAGCACUAGGGAGGCUGAGGCAGGAGGAUCUCCUGGAGUUCAAGGCCAGCUUGAGCUUUAUAGCAAGACCCUGUCUCAAAACAAAACAAAACAAAAAAAGCCAACAGUCAAACUUUGGGUAUCAUAUCCAUAUAACCUAACUAGCAAAUGCCUUUUGUGCUGAACGAAUCCUGACCCACUAUGACCGUGCAGCUCUUUAAGUGCUCUUCAUUUGGCAUCCUGAGCGUGGAGUCCAGCCCUGUGCGGCGAGGCUCUGUGGUUGGGAGCUUAGACCCUGGAGUCUGAACUCCUCUUGGCGUGCUGAGGGACACGCUGCACUGCAGUUUGGUGGCCUGUCUGGAACGUGCGUUAGCCAAAGCCAGUGUACUUGGGGUUUGUUUCCCACCGCUGAGCAUCAGUAAUCUGGUGGAGAAGCAUGGUUGGGAUGCGCAAGCGUUCCUUCUCUCCAGCCCCGCAGUAGUGCUAAGUCAUGAUUUCAGGCAGUCUGUUUCUCUGUCUCUUUGCAUUUUGGGAGGCCUGCCAAAUUUUCAGGAAAUUAUGAAUUUCAAUCCCCCCUCCCCCCCCCCCCGAUCAGUAUCUAAACCAGCCGUCCUGUCCAGGGAAGCAGCUGUGGGGAUUCGCUGGAGGGCACGUGGGGUCUUCCUGGCUCGUCCCCUCCUGCGGUCCCUCGUGCUGGGGCUUAGGCCUCACACAUCCGGUGCUAACGACCCUCCCGCUGUCCCGCCGCGGACCUGGCUCCAUGUGCUCCGGGGCACACCGGUGAGGCCCGUGAGUCUCGGCCUCUACUGUCGCUUUCAGAGGUGAACCAUGGGCUUGGCCCCUGGUGCAGACUUGGAUUAUCAGAGUGGAAUCCGCGGAUACUUGUGGAUAUACUUGAUUAUACUGCAGUUGCCUGCAGGAAAACAAUGUACAUUUAAAAAAACUUUAAAAUGAAGAGCAUUCUGAUUUUUGUACGCGGAAAAUAAAUCUGUCUCAAGUCUGGAUUUAGGAAACUUCAUUUAUGGGGAUUUUUAAGUCAUAUCCUUCGCAUGUUUAGUUUUUACUUUCACUUCUACUUUGGGUGUUUCCCUAACGUGGUCUUGUUUUGUAAUGUGACUUUAUUAAACACCAUGUACACGCUUUCAUCUUCUGGUUGAAACAUGUAUUGUGUGCACUAAAUUUUAAAACAUUAAAAAAUAUUUCAGGACA